AUGGAAAGUACAUUAAAAAGCCCAAUUGAUUUAAAGGAACCGUGCUUCACAUUGGACUCUAAUCUUGACUCAACUAAUCUUGUUCAAGCUUCCCAACUUCUUUUGAAGCGUCUAAGUACUAAGCUAAAGCAAUCAUUUCGUCUGGUAGUCACCUUCUCAGAAGAAAAGGCAUGUUUUCGUCUUUGUCUUGACACCUCAUUAUGGUUCAACGUUUAUCUUCGAACUAUGCCUGAUUUUGAUGAAGCUGUCAAAAUUGCAAGACAAUAUGUUACAACAACACGCCUUAACAUUUCGCUGGAGGACGAAGCUCCGUUUAUUAUAGAUCACAAAGAGACAGAGAAAGAAAAAGCAUUUGCUCUUUGUUUGUACUUUCCUAACUGUGGAUUUCCCAAGGAAAAUUGCUGUGAGUACGAAUCUCGAGGGGACCAUCCCGACAUUAUUUGUAAAGGAAAGGUGGUGACUAGAUAUGGAAGAAAAACUACUUGUAAUUAUUAUUUUACUACAAAACUUGUAGUGAAUGAACUAAGCAAUGAAGAGUAUAUUGUAUUAUUACAAAGGGAACCUAUCCGUGAAUUAUUAUUGGUUCCACAUCCUAAUGAUAACGAAAAAGAAAACUACAAACAUUUUACUAAUGAAAAGUUGGUGGAACAAGAGUCAUUUUGGAAAUAUUUGUUGAGUAAACAAUGGGAUUUAGGAUUUCAUUCCAUAGUCAUUAACUACGGAGCAUGGGAAACCGGGCAAUCACAAAAGAGAUAUACACAAGAAUGUCAUGCACAUGCUCAUUUAUACUUUACUCCAAAUACUUGGGAUGAAUUGAAGAAAAGGAUAAAAGAUGAGGACAUUUUAUUGAAAUUUAAUACCAGAGAUUUCCCUGGUCCAAACUAUUUACUUCAGGAUUGUGAUGAAUUGGAAGAGAAAAGGUUACAACAAGCAGAACAUCUGGCUAUGUUGAAUGCAGUUUCUAACCUAAAAACAUCAGUUGAAAAAG